AUGUUCUCGAAUGUCAGCAAACUCUGCUUUGAUCUCCUCUCUCCAAGGUACAAUGCCCGUUUCAAAAUUGUUGGUGGAGAAUCCAAGUACCCUUUCCUUAUUUCCCCUGCGAGCUUUGACAAGAUCCAAAAAUCCAUGAACGAUUCGCGCUGUAAUAUCUCUACGGAUUUCAGUGGUUCUUUCAAGGGUAUGCAUUCAGACAACGUCCGUUCCAUGUAUCGAUCUGUUGAUUGGAUCGCCCUUCAAGAACAAAUGUUAAAGAUCAUUAAGUACUAUAGGGGCAAUAAUCUGGUUGGUAGAACAGAUGUUCUAAUGAUCCCCUUUGGCUCAAGAAACAUCAACUUGAAUACUGAAAGAAAAACAGCUGCGUAUACUGAAACAAUGAAAACUUACUUGGCAGGCCUGUCGCAAAGUUGGGACAAUAGAGUUUUAGCCGAUAAAUCUGAAAGGGCCUACCCCAACACGCGAACCCUGUGCAAGCACUUCCUUGUAGCGUAUUUUGGUGACACGUUUAGCACGGGGUUUACCUGGACUUCCUUGGAUGAAAAUGUCAAUGGCGAGGUAACCGAGCUUUUAGAAUGUAUCUCGUUUUUUUGGAAUAACCGUGUUGUCAAAAUAAACAUACAUACUUUAACCAGUCGCUAUAAAGACCUUACUCCAUAA